AGACAGAGAUAUCCUGAGGUACGAAGGUUGAACCUCUGUCUACACUGCCUGUGGGAGACUAGGUCAACAUGGCCUUUUCAAAAGCAGCUCUAAGUCUUGGCUUAUAGCAAAUAAAUUUGCUCCCGUGAUCUGCAUGCAUGGCAUACACGCCCAGUUGUAAUCAUCAGAUCUCUUCUUGUCUCUAGCAAUAUCGGUUUAAGAGACCGUCCAGUCCAAGGCUCGUCGAAAGUAUGGAGCUCAAUAUAACAGCGAUAGACCGUGCGGCGUCUCAAUGGGACGUUAAGAGAGCGAUUGGGUCAUUCCUUCAUAACGACGAUUUUUUCAACCCUACAGAUCCCAAUGCCCGCUUAAUCUCGAUCCCAGCAAUUUCAAAGUGACAUUACAUGAAGGCCCCGGUGGAAUACAUCACAAUGGAUCAGGGACACUCAUCUUACCAUCAGCCAGGAUCGGUGACAAGUUCAUGAGAGAGUUAUACAGGUAUAAAAAAUCAAUCGAGGUCAAUGGGCGCAGGCUUGGUUUUCAGAAGACAGGGAAUACGGUGAAUUAUCAGCUCUCCCAGACUCUAGAUAAGGCUCCGUACCUUCCACCUGAACUGGAGGAGAAACGAGAGGAUAUAUUGCGCAAGCUGUCCACAAGCCUCCACGUCGAUAAGGUCCAGUUUGGUGUCUUCUAUCGGCGUCGAGAAGAUGGUCCUGAUUCAUCUAGGCGGUUUUCCAACGAGUAUGAGCUCAGCCACAGGCACAAGGGUGCCGGUCUGUUGUGGUUCGAAUACGAGCAUAAGCUGAUUCGCGUGCAGUUGGGAGAUCCGAUGCUGGAGGAAGAAGCGUACAAUAUCGCACUCUCCUUCGCCAACAUCAAGAAAAUUGCCCUUGGGCAUGAUUCCUUCGGAAUACCCUUUCUGUGUUUCGACCUCUUUGUUCCGCCGAUUCUGCAGCGCGAGCAUUUCAAUCGUUCAUUGACAGGCGACGAGUGGGAAGACAACCAGAAAUUCCGGCAGCGUAUUGACAGCGUCAACCCCUCACAUGCUGUUGUCGCACCAUAUGCUCAUCAGGUUCGACUUGUUCUGCAUCAUGAGAACGAUAUCAGGGACUUCUCAAAACUCUGUUUCGUCGCGGAGCUCCAGCGGCCAUUCAGAGCCCAAGUUGAAGCAGAUGCUAUGGGAUUUUUUGCACACAAACAGCUGUACUGUGUUCGUGUCUGGCUGCAACAGUGCAAAUGGCCCAUAGCAUUUCAAUUGGAGGCCUUGCUUCGAAAUGGGUUGUUGAACACCGAUGAGUUGCUACAUGAAUUGCGAGGACCGAUUCAAGCAUUAAUUGACAAGGACUCCGACUUGGCUGCUGACCAUCUCAGAACGCUCACAGAGGCCAUUCGAACGAAGGAUUCCUCACAAACGGCGAUGGAUUGUUUGACAGCGAUCUGUCAGAAAACCUCCGCGCCGCUGCGUCCUCGCCUAUCCGCUGGCAAUUUCCUUUGCCAUCAUGUCACUGUCACCCCUACACGCAUCCUCUUAGAAGGACCAUACCCUAUCCAGUCCAACCGUGUGAUUCGCCGGUAUGCCGAAUACCACGACAACUUUAUUCGAAUCGACUUCCGUGACGAAGAUCGACUUCAGUAUCGCUGGGAGCCUGAUGUUGAUGGUACUUCACUUUUGCAAAAUCGCGUCGGCGGAAUCUUGAAAAACGGCUUAGAGAUUGGCGGACGAUUGUUCCAGUUCCUGGCGUACUCGUCAUCCGCACUGCGCCAGCAUGCCGUCUGGUUCAUGCACCCCUUCGUUGAUAAUGGCGGCAACCUCAUCGAUGCUGCAAUUAUUCGCAGCAGGCUUGGAGAUUUCUCCGGUGUCAUCAAAUCACCUUCAAAGUAUGCUGCCCGGAUGGCUCAGGCGUUCACUGCUACCGAUCCAUCAGUGAAGGUUCCUCGACAGUGUGUCGAGGAAAUGGAAGAUCUGGGAUCUGACCCUUAUCUUCAUACGGAUGGCGUUGGUACCAUCUCCAAGGAAUUGGGCGAUCAGAUUUGGGAUGCUUUGUGUAAGGAUCGAGACGAGCAUUACCGAAAGACGGCAGUGCAACCAUCAGCUUACCAGAUUCGUUUCCUUGGAUAUAAGGGUGUAGUGGGAAUUGACGAGCGACUGGAGGGUAUCAAGAUUCGUCUUCGACCUUCCAUGAACAAGUUUAAGAUUCCUGGAGAUGAUGAAGCCGAAAUCGAAAUUGCUCAGGCAUUUGAACGCCCUGGAAUGACAUAUCUAAACAGGCCACUCAUCACGAUCCUCGAAGAUCGUGGUGUAGAGAAGAGCGCAUUCCUAAAGCUCCAAAUGGAUGCUGUUGCCGACAUCCGUGCAGCCGGCGACACAAUGGAAUUGGCGCGUCACCUUUUCAGGUCACACUCACUGGGUACAAGCUAUCGUAUUCCAUACAUCAUACAAUGUUUGUCUGAACUGGGGUUGGGAAUGAAGGAUGAGAGGCCUACCCAUAUUCUACAAGACGCAUUCUUUGAUCGUCUUAUUUUGUUCGCGAAGAACCAUGUUUUGCGCGACAUCAAGCAUGCUGCCCGGAUUCCUGUCCCGGAUAGCUAUAUGCUGGUCGGCAUCGCAGAUGAAGGACCUGUAUAUGAGAAGGAGGGUAUCGAGAACGUCUUCAUGCUGGAAGAGGGCCAAAUAUUCGCAUGUAUCCACAAGGCAAACGAGGAACCUAUUUACCUUCAAGGUCAUGUUGUCAUCUCGCGUAGCCCAACUGUACAUCCUGGGGAUGUACAACGUGUGUGGGCUAUCGGGAAGCCACCUGCAGGACAACCAUGUUUCUUCCGUAAUCUGAAGAACGUCGUUGUUCUUCCCUCAGUCGGUGCUCGAUCCUUGGCCUCUUUUUUGGGUGGCGGUGACUUGGAUGGUGAUCUAUACUCCUUGAUCAAGGAGCCCUCACUGCUGCCAACUCAGCACGUGCCGCCGGCAGACUAUGAAUCUGCGGGUACGCGAAAGCUGCCUCACGAUGGUGACAGUACGAUAGAGGAUGUCUGCGAUUUCGUUGUUGAGUAUAUCAACUCCGAUGUCUUGGGUUUACUAUCUGAUCGUCACAUCAUCAUAGCAGAUCAGAGCAAAUAUGGUACUAAUGACCAGAAAUGCCUCAAACUGGCCCAGCUUUGCAGUCAAGCAGUAGAUUACCCAAAGAACGGAAUACCAGUCAACAUUAAAGAUUCCCCAUCUCGUUUGAUACCGUACAAGCCGGACUGGAAGCAGGCGGAGGAAAACGUCACUCGCGAAACGGACUACUACGAAUCCACGCGUGCUCUGGGCGAGCUCUACCGUAGCGUCGUCAUCAAGAAACCCGAACCAAUCCGGGAGGCACCGAAUACCAAGUUGCCGGAGGCAUUGUCGGACGAGAUCUCACAGGCAUUGAUCGCCAUUAUCAGGAAACAUUUGAGCAAUCAUGUCAAUAGAGAGGGUGAUAUUAGAGAGAUAUCCCCAAUGUUCCACAGUUACGCCCAGGAACUGCGGUACAUGCGACUUACGCACUCACUUUCCGAUUCUCCCGAUAGUCGUCUGGAGGAAGAGGAAGUGGUAGUGGGCACCAUCCUCGCCAACUGCAGCCAACAUCGAUACAGGUCGGAUCGCACUUAUCGCAUGCGUCUACACUCUGUCACGGUCGUCCGCGAUAUACAGAGGAAGCUGUACCAGCCAAGCGAUAUACCGGAUAUUGGAGAGUUACGGUAUGGACUACAACAAGCGUGGUUGGCUUGGGACUUCGGGAUGAGGCACAGGCAAUUGCCUGGUGGUAAUAGCUUUGCCCUCAUCGCCCUCGGUGUUAUUUGCAACAUUCUGGAAGGUUUGGGUGAGAUUGUCUUGAAGAAGGGAUCUGCUAGUGCUCCCGGCGCAGUGGACGAAGUCCGCGACUAAACUUUCUUUCACAGCCAUGAUGGCGAUGGCAUCACUUUCGAAACCUUAGGUACGCUCUGGAUGUGUAGGUCGUUGUUGUACGAAUAGAUAGAUACAUGGCAGUUGUUUCUUGAUCUUGGUUCGAACAUAAGAAUCGGUGCG